CAGGAAUGACUGGACAAACAUUACACGCACACGAGUCCAGCAGUCGUCCUCAGAGCGUCUCCCAGUCAUGCUCUCCUUGGCCACCCUCUCGCUCCGUCUCGGGGCCUCCAGCUCUCACAGCGGCAGACGCUCCAUAGCCACCGUCAUCUCCGGCAUCAAGACCUCAAAGCUGGUGAGGGAGCGGCUGAAGGCGGAGGUGGAGACGAUGAAGAGCCAGUUCUCCGGUUUCAGGCCGAGCCUCGUCGUCCUGCAGGUUGGCGACAGAGACGACUCAAACCUUUACAUCAGCACCAAACUGAAGGCAGCGGCUGAGAUUGGAAUUGAAGCGAAACACGUGCGACUGCCGAACACGGCCACACAGGACGAGGUGUUGCGGAGCAUCAUGGCGGUCAACGAUGACCAGUCCGUCCACGGUCUGAUUGUCCAGCUUCCUCUGGACUCUGUGAACACCAUGGACUCUGAACUUGUCACCAACGCCGUCUCUCCAGAGAAGGACGUGGACGGUCUGAGCUGCAUCAAUGCAGGGAAGCUGUCCCGAGGCGAUCUGAAGAACUGCUUCAUCCCCUGUACCCCAAACGGCUGCAUGGAGCUCAUCAGGCAGACAGGUGUGUCUGUGGCGGGGAAACAUGCCGUUGUGAUUGGUCGCAGUAAGAUCGUCGGCGCACCGAUGCACGACCUGCUGCUGUGGAGCCAUGCCACGGUGACCACGUGUCACUCAAAGACAGCAGACCUACCUGAACAGGUGGGGCGGGCUGACAUCCUGGUGGUGGGAGCUGGUCGACCAGAGAUGGUGAGAGGAGAGUGGGUGAAGAAGGGAGCUGUGGUCAUCGACUGUGGAAUCAAUUACAUCACAGAUGAGACGAAGGCGAGUGGGAAACGGGUUGUCGGAGACGUCCACUAUGCCUCAGCCUAUCAGAGAGCAGGAUUUGUCACACCAGUUCCAGGAGGAGUGGGGCCAAUGACGGUGGCCAUGCUCAUGGAGAACACGGUGCAGAGCGCUCAGCGUUUCCUCCUGAAGAAUCAGCCGAGGAGGUGAAACUCUCAGACUGCUGCUCCUCUUUACUCUCUGUAGAUCAGUUUCCUCUCAGUCUGACAGCUUCAACCUCCAAACAAACCCUCCGGAUUGAAGUCCAAUCAUGACUCCUGUUCUCCUCCUUCAGAUCCGACUUUUUCACCAUGAUUUUUUAGAAGUUCAAACUCCGCUGUUUUAUUUGGAGUUCAUUCUCCAUGGAUCAGUUGUGAAAACAGCUUUGAAUUAAAGCAAAGAAGAUUUUUAUGAAAACUUUAAAAGCUGUUACAUUGUUGUUGUUGUUUUUUUUUAAUUUCUCCCUAAAAUAUUUUCUUUUUUUUUCACUCUAACAGCUCUUUAAAAUUUUAUUUCAAAACAUUAAGUUUCUUUUGAGAUAUCAGAAUAAACAGAUUAGUUUAGAGGUAUAAAGUCAGUAAAUCCAAAACAGAUAAACAUAAAUGUUGUGUAUAACUCCACUCAACUCAACUCAAGCACUUUAAAAACAACCACAGCCGAAACAAAGUGUUGUAAAUAGACAACACGACGCAGGGAUAAAACAAUUAAAACAAUUAAUAGGGAUAAACACAAAAAUAAUUGUUUCACUGUUUUGAAAAACAAUUUAAGAACAACAAAACAAUAACUAAAAAAAAAACAUAAAACACUGAAACAAGAGCAGAGUCUCAUGUGGGGUUGAAAGCCAAGGACUAAAAAUGGGUUUAAGAUGAGUUUUAAAGAUGGACAAUGAACUAAUGCUUAGUUUGCUGUUCCUUUUUUCCCACAUUCUCUUCAUUAAACGACUUUAUUGUUUACAUAUUUCUGGUCACAGUUUUGCUGGCUAAGCUAGCAACAAGCUAGCGUGACCCUUAAAGAGACUGAAUGCAGCUACACAGGUUUAAAUCAUGUUUAUGAAUGGUCAGAGAGCUCUGACGUUGGAUUGUCUGAGAGCAGAAAUGCAGUGCACAAGAAGUGGCCUGAUCAAUGUAUCAUUGAUUAUUGAAAAAAAAAUCAUAGAUCUGCACAUGUGGAAUCAUGUUUGAUAAUGAUAAUUAUAAAAAAAAUCAAUGUAUUUAAACAGAAUCUUUUUUAAGGAUCAAUAAAUUUUGAAUUCUUUGAUG